AUGAGACACUUUAUCAAAUUUACUGCAGCUAAAGGUAUCAACAGUAUCACAUUUAACUGUGUCCAUCCAGGUUCAACACCAUCAAAUCUCGGAAGAGAAUCAACCAAAUUCUGGUUAUUUAGUCUUAUCAACUUCCUCUGGACUCCAAUGAUGAAUUCAAUGGAAGAUGCUGCACGUCCAAGCAUCACAUGUGAGUUAGUAUACAUAUCUUGUGUACUGAGGCACUGCGCGCCUCCGUACACCACUUAA